UAUGCAGCAGGAACCUUAGUGAAAGGAACACUUCGGCCAUACUCUGGCCAUGAAGAUUCAUAUUUAUGUCCUAUUCUUGUCCAUUUGGACAAUCAAUUGUUUAACUAGAAACCAAACUGAUGAAUUGUCUUCUUCUUCCACUACUACUACUACUACUACUACUACUAUUGAUAAAACUACUGAAUCAGCAGGAUCAGGAAUGGACAAUUUUAGGAAACGUCUACUUGGUUUCAUAGUUGGAAUUAUGAUCAUAGCCUUCACCUUUACUUGUUUUUGUUUACUCCAUUAUAACUGUAUGGUUGAGGAGGUCCAGUCACCAGCAGGGCUCAACAAAGAAAAUAUGGCUGCUAUAUCAUCCUGGGUAUCCAAGGUAUCAGCUUGUCAACCUGAUAUGAUAACUGAGGACAUUCUAGAAACUCAACCUCUGCUAGUAAAUUCAGACCACACUUCUGUGCCUUCAUGCCAAGAAAAACAAUCUAUAACAAACAAUGCAGUAAAAUCAACUCAGCCUCCAAGUCUAGAAAAGCCAUGUACACCACCCAAUGCACAAAAACCAACGAAAUACUCAAAUACAGAUAAGCUACCCACACCAGGUAGUGUAAAAAAGUUGGGCAGACAAUUAGAUUCAAAAAGGUCAACCAAGUCAUCAAGCCCCCAACGAUUACAUAAGACAUUUCACCUAGAUAAGUCAUAUAAGAAACACAGCCUUAAAAAAACACAUAAGCUCACACAUGCCUGUAAAUUAGCUUGUCAAGCCAAUUCAUCCUCUUCAGAGAAGCAAACCAUACCACCUUGGCUAGCUAUUCUGCAAACUUCAUCUAUGAUAACCACACCAUCUUGUUCAUCAGCCUCAAAUAAUCGAAUGGUGCCCACCAAGUCAUCCAGAAUAAAGAAGCAGAAUCAGUCAUGUGGACAACAUGAUCUAAAACCGCCAAUGAUUAGAGGAAAUCCUCCAUCAGUCAAAACUUGCCGACAUUAUAAUGAAAAAUGUCUCAUUUGUAAUACUCCUGAAUUUCUUCCCAACGAUCUUUUGGGGCCACAGAUGGAAAAUGCUGGAAAUCCUUAUGUUUCAAAGAAAAUGAAGCCAUCUCCCAAAUCUUUUUACGAAACAGAUUACACAUACAGUGAAACAGAAUACAAUUCUUGUCAAGAUGAGAGUAAUGAUACUAUGAAAGCAUACAAUAGUGAAGACAGUGAUGCAGAGAUAGUCAUUAUUUGUGACACAAGUAAUAAUGAGGAUGACGUGACUAGAAGCACCUCACCUUAUUAAGGACUUAAAACAAUUUAACCUAUAUACAGGAUACCCACAUGUAAUCACUAUCAAGAAUAGACCUAUCUGUCUUGAAGGCAAUUAAAUU